GAAAGUUACUAAAGUCCCCGAAUCCCAUUUCCAUCUUCAUUAUUUUCUUGUCGUUGAGAAGCUUCGCGAACAAAAGCAAAGAACCCUAGACAGUCACAGAACCAUUCCAUAGAAAUGUCAGGUGUUGGCCCUCUUUCUCAAGAUUGGGAACCCGUCGUCCUCCGCAAGAAGGCUCCCACUGCCGCCGCCAAGAAGGAUGAGAAAGCCGUCAACGCCGCCCGCCGCUCCGGCGCCGAAAUCGAAACCCUAAAAAAAUAUAAUGCUGGGACAAAUAAAGCAGCAUCUAGCAGCACUUCAUUGAACACUAAGAGGCUGGAUGAUGAUACUGAGAGUCUAGCUCAUGAGAAGGUACCGACUGAACUUAAGAAGGCCAUAAUGCAAGCUAGGAUGGACAAGAAACUUACUCAGUCUCAGCUUGCUCAACUGAUCAAUGAGAAGCCUCAAGUGAUCCAGGAGUACGAGUCAGGAAAGGCCAUUCCAAACCAGCAGAUAAUUGGCAAGUUGGAAAGAGCCCUUGGAGCUAAAUUGCGUGGCAAGAAAUAAGGAACUUAAUGUCAUGUUGCGCGUUUAUUUUGCUAUGCAUGUCACUAUGGGAGUGUUUUGUGUUUGUUAGCUAAUUGUGUAUAUUUAAGACAGUUAAAAUGGUUGUGUUGACAUGUGCCUUUCUCCUGUUCGGAUAAAUAAAGUUGCAUUUUCAGUAUAAAUUUUACUUUUGGGGA